CACUCGCUUGGGCCCGCUCACAUUGAUGCUGGACCAAUCACGAACCCCCAAACUGCCGGUAGGGCACACACCAUCAUUUUUCUGUAUCCUCGAUCUUUUGCACGCCCGUUUGAUCUUCUCUUCUCCUUCCCAUAUUCCAUUCCACCACAGCACAUCAAAAUGCCUCCCAAGAAAGCUCCCGCUGCCGCCAAGGAGAACGUCACUCUCGGCCCUCUGGCCGGUGAUGGCAAGCUCGUCUUCGGCGUUGCCCGUAUCUUCGCCUCUUUCAACGAUACCUUCGUUCACGUUACCGAUCUUUCCGGUCGCGAAACCAUCUGCCGUGUCACCGGUGGUAUGAAGGUCAAGGCUGACCGUGACGAGUCCUCCCCCUACGCUGCCAUGUUGGCUGCUCAGGACGUUGCUGCCCGCUGCAAGGAGCUCGGCAUCAACGCUCUGCACAUCAAGAUCCGUGCCACUGGUGGUAACGGCACCAAGACCCCCGGUCCUGGUGCUCAGUCUGCUCUCCGUGCUCUUGCCCGUUCCGGCAUGAGAAUCGGCAGAAUCGAGGACGUUACCCCCACUCCCUCCGACUCUACCCGUCGCAAGGGUGGUCGCCGUGGUCGUCGUCUGUAGAUAUGUGCGGGUCUGUCUUUCUCUUCCAAGUUGUACGACUCUUCUGCAACGCUGGAAUGGAGGCUACCAGCAGGGCUCUUGGCCUGUGUAUGUGGAUGGAAUAAACGCGGAGAACGGCAUACAAGCCUGGUCUUCAAUUUUUUCAUGUCCCAAUUGGUUGUUUUCGGCUUUGGGGUUAGUAGUUUGUGGCAAUCGUGGCAACUGCUCAGGUCAAUAUAACUCAAAACUGGAAUGAUGCAUUCUUGUCAAUUCGUAGGAACGGUAGUGUAUGUGAUUAAAACAUGCGGUUAA